CGUUCCGGCGCCCGUUUCCGGUGCUCAGAGCAGAAGCCGCAGCGAGAGGCUCGGAGCGGUGGCCGAGCGGCGGGCGACGGGGCGGGGGACUCUGGCCGCGGCCGGGGCGGAGCAGGAGCCAUGGAACCGCCGCUGCCGGGCUAGGGAGGGCCCACGUCCCCGGCCCGGCGGCGAUGGCGGGCUACGCGCGCCGCCCGGGCGUCACCCCGCUGUCCCGAGCCCGCAGCCUCGUCAUUCCGGAGGCUGCAGCGUUCUAUGAGCGCCGGUCUUGUCUCCCCCAGCUAGACUGUGAGCGCCCCCAUGGCAGGGACCCGGACUCCCACUUCGUCGGCAUUCGGCCGACGUUUAUGUGCUACGUGCCUAGUCCGGUGCUAGCUUCCGUGGGAGACACAGAUUUUGUCUAUGGAAAAGGGAAGGGCACCAAGCAAGGUCCAUUGGGAGCCCAGGAGACGCCUUUUGGAGAUGAUAAACUUGGAGAUCUCGAAGAGGCAAACCCAUUCUCCUUUAAAGAGUUUCUGAAAACCAAGAACCUCAGCCUGUCGAAAGAGGACACAGCCAACAGCAGAUUGUACUCGAAGGAAGCCAAGAGGCAAUCACUGGGAAUCGAUGGUGGCUCCCCAACCUCCCAGCCCAUGGGCUUCAGCCUGGAAUACCAGCAGCCGUUUUUCGAAGACCCGACGGGGGCCGGUGACCUCCUGGAUGACGAUGAGGACGAGGCCGGGUGGACCGGGGCCUACCUGCCGUCCACUGUGGAGCAGACCUUGUCCUCGCGGGACGUGGCCAGUGCAUCGCCCUGCAGCACGUAUAUCUCCUUCUUCUCCAGCCCCUCGGAGCUAGCGGGCCCCGAGUCCCUGCCCCCGUGGACGCUGAGCGACUCCGACUGUCGUGUCUCUCCCGCGGGGAGCCCCAGCGCAGACUUCGCAGCCCACGGAGAGUCUCUGGGGGACAGGCACCUUCGGACGCUGCAGAUAAGCUAUGAAGCACUGAAGGACGAGAACUCCAAGCUGAGGAGAAAGCUGACCGAGGUGCAGAGCUUCUCCGAGACGCAGACCGAGAUGGUGAGGACACUUGAGCGGAAAUUGGAAGCCAAAAUGAUCAAGGAGGAAAGUGACUACCAUGACCUGGAGUCUGUAGUUCAGCAGGUGGAGCAGAACCUGGAGCUGAUGACUAAACGUGCAGUGAAGGCCGAAAGUCACGUCAUGAAGCUGAAACAGGAAAUAAGCUUGCUCCAGGCGCAGGUCUCCAGCUUCCAGCGUGAGAACGAAGCCCUGCGCUCAGGCCAGGGCGCCAGCCUGGCGGUGGUGAAGCAGAACACGGACGUGGCCCUGCAGAACCUCCGCAUGGUCAUGAGCAGUGCGCACGCCUCCAUAAAGCAGCUGCUUUCUGGAGCUGAAACGCUGAACCUUGUUGCUGAAAUCCUUAAAUCUAUAGACAGAAUUUCUGAAAUCGAGGAGGAGGCGGAGUCUUGAGAAGCCUCUAGCUCUGUUUACAUUCUGAAAUCACUACUGACUGGAUUUUGAAAUGCCACUGUGUCUUUAAAUUUGCACUCUUCUCAGUAAAAACACUUAUCACAAGAUACCAAUUUCGCGACCCAGAACAGUAUUGUUCACCAGCUGCCACAAGGAGCGCUCCUCGCGGGGUCGCACCUGCGGCUUCUGCGCAGCGCGUCCUUGGGGAGCUCCCAGCUGCGGGCUCCGUGGCUGGGAGACAUCUUUACACGCGCUGCUGGUUUUUUAAAGUUACUGAAAAUGGAAACAGCGGUUCUGUGAUGUGGGUCUUCUGUCUUGAUUCCAGAACAUUCGUUGUAAGAUAAGUUCAGUUGAUCCUCCUUGAGUUUUCAAGCGAAGAAAAACACUAUAAAUGAGCCAAAGUUCAAAUCACCGUCUUGGACAGGGACUUGUGCCUUUUUGCCAUCGCAGUGCCUCCCCGGCUCAGCCCAGUGACGCAGCCUUCGUGGCAGGGGAGGGGCCCUGCAGGUGGCGGCCUGAGUGGGGCGCCCCACGUGGUGGACGCUGCUGCUCUGCCUCAGGGACCAAACUCUCGGUACCGGUUCCGAACUGUGAAGCCACCUAGAUACACACUUUUUGGGGCCUUUAGGUUUGAAAAAGUGGUUUUGGCCGGACAGUUUGGACACACAUUCCACGUGGCCUUUGGUAAAGCUCAGAGCCCAGGAGUCCGGCGGCCACGCAGAGCAUCUCUGGGCCGGUUGGCACGAGGCCUCCCCGGCUGCCUUUCCAGCUGCUUCCUGAUGUCGGGGCACGCGGUGCCCUCUGCGCCUUCCUGGCUGUCUUCCUGUAGAUGUUAUUUUCAAAGCAAACUUUUCCUCCCGUUCAGACGGACAGCUUUCUUAAUAAACUCUAAAACUCA